UCUUUUGGCGACGGUAACAGCUGACGUGCGCUCUCUCCCUCCGUCGCCUUCUCGUCAUCACUGGACCUGAAACUGCAACUGCAACUGCAACUGUAAGCUCCGCCUCAUUUUCCAUUUCCCAGGAACCAUUGGAGCGACCGGAAAAAUCCAAGCUUUUCACGGUGGUGGGUUUCUUCCGCCGUCAAGAUCGAUCCCCUCCCGCGAACCCUAACCGUUGAUUCUCCCCCACGGAGAUCGGUUCAUUUGGGUGAUUUUGAUUUUUCUGGGUGGGAGCAAUCAUCCAUCAAUUUCACAGUUGAAGACGAUCUGACUCUCCCACCUGGACAAUGUGCCAUCCUCGCCAGGUAAGUUCAAGUCCGACAAGCCGUUGGCCUACAUCCACCGUCCGAGUUUGCUCAGGUUUGGGUUGGCAUAAUCGCCCCUUUCUUAUUUAUUUUAUUUCUUUGGACUCCCCAAUGAUUUGAACUAUAAGACCUAAAUUUCUCCGUCACUUCCCCAUCCGUCGAUCUCUCUCUGUAAUAGGUUGUUUGAGCAUGCCCAUUCUCUCGCAAUAAGCUGAAAAGGAAAGGAAAAAUCCGAACUUUAUCUUGCCACAGCACACAUAGUGUGGUGUAUGUUGCAUUAGAGACAUUGUGUUUGUUUGAGAGAGAGACGGAGAGAGUCCCAAGUGAUUUUUGGAUGGCCAGCGUGUCUGGGCUGUUUUCUCCUUCCGCACCCACCCCGAGAAUCAAGAUUCAGCCUGCGAUGGGAGUUUUUCGAUCUGGGUCUUGCCCGAAUAAGAUCGUGCUGAGGCAGAUACUGUGCAGCAGCGCCAACGAGAAACAUGCUUCGGGCGUUGUAUCUUCUGAAUCUCGAGUGCCUAGGGUCAUUGGUAAAGGCUGCAAGUUAAUUGGAUGCGGCUCGGGCAUUCCAACUCUUCAGGUUUCAAAUGAUGAUCUUGCAACAAUUGUCGACACCUCUGAUGAAUGGAUAUCAGUUCGUACUGGGAUCCGCAAUCGACGUGUUCUGUCAGGCAAAGAUAGCUUAACAGGUUUGGCUGUGGAGGCAGCGAGGAAAGCUCUAGAGAUGGCACAGGUUGAUCCUGAGGAUAUUGACCUAGUCUUAAUGUGCACGUCUACGCCAGAGGAUCUUUUUGGUAGCGCUCCUCAGAUUCAAAAAGAACUUGGAUGCAAGCAGAAUCCUUUGGCUUACGACAUAACAGCUGCAUGCAGUGGGUUUGUGCUAGGUCUGGUCUCAGCUGCUUGUCACAUCAGGGGAGGUGGGUUUAACAAUGUCCUAAUUGUUGGCGCGGACUCUCUUUCACGUUAUGUUGAUUGGACUGAUAGAGGGACCUGCAUUUUAUUCGGGGACGCUGCUGGUGCUGUAGUGAUGCAGGCCUGUGAAGCUGAGGAGGAUGGUUUAUUCGCUUUUGACUUGCAUAGUGAUGGAGAUGGUCAAAGGCAUCUAAAUGCUUCUGUCAAGGAAAACGAGAACGAUCAUGCCUUGGGUACUAAUGGUUCAGUAAGAGAUUUCCCUCCAAGGCAAUCCUCUUAUUCCUGCAUCCAGAUGAACGGCAAAGAGGUUUUCCGUUUUGCCGUGCGCUGUGUGCCACAGUCAAUCGAAUCUUCCCUCGAGAAGGCCGGCCUUACUGGAUCUGGCAUCGAUUGGCUGUUGCUUCACCAGGCAAACCAGAGGAUCAUCGACGCUGUAGCAACACGUUUGGAAGUCCCUCAGGAGCGUGUCCUAUCAAAUCUGGCAAAUUACGGUAACACAAGCGCUGCUUCGAUACCCUUGGCCUUGGAUGAAGCUGUUCGUGGCGGAAAGGUGAAGUCGGGCCACAAGAUUGCGGUUGCAGGUUUCGGAGCCGGCCUAACUUGGGGUUCUGCCAUUGUUAGAUGGGGAUAAAGCUUUAUGACUUCCAGUUAUCUAUCAAUGACUACUAAGCCUAAGAGUCCAGAUGUAGCACAAGGUAAUCGCCGAAUUCGUGCUUCCAAUUUUCACAAAAUUCUCUUAUUGAGGUGGCAAUUUUGUUCCUUUUGAACUCCAAAGAUUCAAAUAAAAAUUGUAUUUUUGUCCUUCAACUCUUGAGCGACUCUUGUAUGGAUUUGUUGCUGUUGGUCUUCCAACACAGCAAGCUAGUGACAAUCUAAAUUAUGCAGUUGAAGAAAAGAUCUUUCGUUUUUGCA